GAAAAAUGUGUAGACAGAGGAGGACUGAGAAGAAAUAAGCACCACAGAAACCUCCAGAAUGAAGACUCUAUUAAGGUCCCCUGCCUUGAUGGAUUAUACCCUUGAGCCCAACCUGACGUCAAUGACCGACUACUACUACCCAGACACCUUCUCCAGCCCCUGUGAUGGGGAACUUAUCCAGAGAGACAGCAAGUUGCUUCUUGCCAUCAUUUACUGCCUCCUGUUUGUAUUUGGCCUUCUGGGAAACAGCCUGGUCAUCCUGGUCCUUGUGGUCUGCAAGAAGCUGAGGAGCAUCACGGACAUAUACCUCCUGAACUUGGCCCUGUCUGACCUGCUCUUUGUCUUCUCCUUCCCCUUUCAGACCCACUAUCAGCUGGACCAGUGGGUGUUUGGGACUUUCAUGUGCAAGGUGUUCUCUGGUUUUUAUUACCUUGGCUUCUUCAGCAGCAUGUUCUUCAUCACGCUCAUGAGCAUGGACAGGUACCUGGCUGUCGUCCAUGCUGUGUAUGCCAUAAAGGUGAGGACGGUCAGAACAGGCACGGUCCUGAGCCUGGCAGUGUGGCUGAUCACCGUGAUAGCCACUGCCCCAUUGCUAGUAUUUUACCAGGUAGCCUCUGAAGACGGUGUUCUCCAGUGUUACUCAUUUUACAGUCAACAGACAUUGAAGUGGAAGAUCUUCACCCACUUCGAAAUAAACAUCUUAGGCCUGUUGAUCCCAUUCACCAUCCUCCUGUUCUGCUAUGCCAGGAUCCUGCACCAGCUGAAGACUUGCCAAAACCACAACAAGACCAAGGCCAUCAAGUUGGUGCUUAUCGUGGUGGUUGCGUCUUUACUCUUCUGGGUCCCCUUCAACGUGGUCCUCUUCCUCACAUCCCUGCACGACAUGCACGUCUUAGAUGGAUGUGUCAUGAGCCAGAGGCUGAUUUACGCCACCCAUGUCACAGAAACCAUUUCCUUCACUCACUGCUGUGUGAACCCUGUUAUCUAUGCAUUUCUGGGUGAGAAGUUCAAGAAAUACCUCUCGGAAAUAUUUCAGAAAAGCUGCAGCCACAUCUUCCCCUCCCUGGGAAGACAGAUGCCCAGGGAGGGGUGGGAAAAGCCAUCAUCUUCCCACCCUUCUGCCUCCCGCUCCUCCAGCAUAGACUACAUCUUGUAAGGGGGUGAGGGGGGUCUCACAGCGGCCUCUGCCUCCAUUGCCGCUUCUCUUUAAAGAGAUAAAAUUGACUUCUCUGGGGGCUGUGAGGCCACAUGUAGGGAAACUCUCAGGAACUUUGGUUUAAGAUACAAGACAUAUUUUACAUAUUUAAUCUAUUCCUACUAUUGCAAGUUAAUCUCAACUUUCAAAAACAUUGGUACUAUUCUGGGAAUAUUCCAUAUGUUCCACUAUUGAGCAUAAUGCUAAUGGUAGGGUAUUUUUAAAAAAACACAUUCAACUUUGGAUAGU